AUGGCGUCUGGGGACAGCAGAAACUGGGGUAGCACCCCGCCACAGAGUGCAGCCCCGACGCCCUGGGUGACCAUCCUGCAGCCCCUCCCGUGGGUUCCACCCAUGCCCCCGCAGCCCAGCCGUGUGAAGGAAGACCUGCUGGAGCUGAUGAUGCUGCAGAACGCACAAAUGCACCAGCUGCUGCUGAGUCGCCUGGUAGCGGAGGCACUGAGCCCAAAGCCAGACUUGCCUGGCCCACAGGUCUACCAGGGGGGACAAUGCGAAGAAUGGGAGGAGCAGAUGGACACCCAAGAGGAAGGGCCUUUGGUGUUCCACCACCACUACCUGCCUUGGCUCAUGUCUCCCCUGAGCCCCCCAUCACCCUGGCCAGCCCCUCCCCUGUCCCCUCCUCCAAGCCGUCCUCACAGGCAGGAUGCAGCUAGGAUUCAGCAUCUGCCUCCUGGCUCUGGGCAAAGAAGGAUGAGAGAUGUACCCCCACCUCCUCCUCCCAGUGCCACAGAGACUGUGGGUGCAGAUGUACCCCCAGCUUCAGACUACUAUGACGCCGAGAGCCUGCCAUGA